GUAGCGGAAAAAUGAGCGAAAUAAAUUCGAUAAAGUUAGAUGGUUUUAGAUCGUCUAUUGGAUUUUUAAUCCUAUUUGUAAUUAAUCGCUGUAACAAUAAAAUCAACAUGGAUCUGACAAGAGUUCCGAACGAGCGGAAGUUAUACCUUUGCAAAUGGUAUUUCAAAGUCGGAUUCGCGUUGCUACCGUUUGUGUGGGCAAUCAAUACCUGUUGGUUCUUUAGUGAGGCAUUCCGGAAGCCAGCCUACGACGAACAAAAGGAAAUAAAGAAAUAUGUGAUAUUCUCCGGCAUCGGAUCUCUUAUUUGGCUGGUGGUAAUCGCCUCGUGGGUUGCUACGUUCCAACUGAAACGUACCGAUUGGGGUGACUUCGCAGACAGCAUAAGCUUCAUCAUUCCACUGGGAAAAGCCUAAGGGUUUAUUCCCUGAACAUAAUUGUUUUCUUCUAAAUGUAGCCACUACACCCAGAGACGCGUCACCCAGUGACUAAAAAGAAAUUUCCUUCUAAUCAGUAAUGCCGUUUUGAGUUGACUCCGAAACUGAUUCAGGUUUCAACCUAAACCGCUCAGUUCAUAAAUUUAGACAUCAGUUAGGGUGGGAGCCUGGUUCAGUUUCCCUUUGGCUAAAAAGAGCCAAUUGACGUGAAUAGGGACCCUAAUUCCAUUGCCUAGCCUAAAGCAAGAAGCGUAAUAAUUGUCAAUCGUACUGAACUCUGUAACGUCAGUUUGGUUAGGGUCAAUGGGUACUGAAUAGACAUGUACAGGAAUUACGUUAGGGAUAAAAAUCAUCUCAUACUUAUUGUAAAUGCUUUCGACAACUUUUAAAAUAUCAAUAAAAUUCAACAUCCACUACAAGUA